AUGUCCGCCAGAGACGAUUUCGCCGACUUUGUGAUUCGCUCCGGACGUGUGGUGGAUGGCACGGGGAAGCCCGAAUUUGUGGCAGACGUCGCUAUCAAGGACGGCGUGAUCACCGCAAUCGGACAAGAUAUCCCCGUUCAGGGAAAGCAGGAGUUCGACGCCCGCGGGCUGCUUGUCACGCCCGGAUGGAUUGAUGCGCACACGCACUAUGAUGCACAGUGGUCCUGGGACCCUUACCUGAGUCCCAGCUCCUCCUGUGGGGUUACGACCUGCAUCAUGGGCAACUGCGGCAUCGGCUUCGCUCCAUGCCAAAGUGACCGACGUAAGUUCCUUGCCCAUCUCGUGGAGGCCGUGGAGGAUGUACCGGAGCGGAUCAUUGCAGAAGGGCUUACUUACGACUUCGAGACCUUUGAAGAGUACAUGGACAGCAUCGAGCGCGCGAAGCUUGGUUGCGAUGUCGCGGUGCUUGUGGGGCACACGGCAGUGCGCACCUGGGUGAUGGGAGACAAGGCGAACCUGUCUGACAAGCCAGGAGGCCCAGCACAGAAUCCUCUGAAGGAGCAUGAGAUUGAGGCUAUUGCAGCACUCGUCCUCGAUGCCAUGGCUGUCGGCGCCUUUGGCUUUUCCACGUCGCGGCUGAUGGUGCACCGCGAUCCCGAGGGCACCCUGACGCCGGGCGCAUUGUCCAGUGCAGCUGAGCUGAAAGCCAUAGCGAAAGCUGUGGCAGAUGGCGGCGGGGGCGUGUUCGAGAUGAGUACCGAUUGGAGCUCCUACGAUGACGUUCCUUCUGACAAGGUCGACCAAGAGAAGCUGCGACGGUAUCAGCGAGGAGAGUUUGAAUGGCUCAUGGACAUUGCCCGUCAGCACGGGCGAGAUGUUGCUUUGUCUUUCAACUGCUUCGCCACCCACCCUGUCUUGGGGCUCGUCCAGGCCAUUAACGAGGCCGGGGGAAUAGCACGAGGGCAGUGCGUUGCCCGAGCGCAAGGUCUUCUUCAAUCUUUCGGUUCCCGGGCGCAUCCCUUCACCGUGAGUCCCACCUUUCAGGCCAUCAACAAGCACUGCCAGGAGGCUGGCCUUGAUCUACUGGCAACGCUGAAAAGGUCGGGCAAGCGAGACCAGAUCAUCCACGAAGCGACAACCUUCUUCAACGCAAACCAUACGGGGCCAUAUCGCUACCUCCAGGAGUUCUUUGGGUCUUUCGACGAGCACUUCCCAUGGACACCACACUACGAGCCGAAAAAGGAAACCGACAGCAUUGUGGCUAUCGCAGCAAGAGAAGGUCGGAGUAUUGGCGAGGUGUUCUAUGAUAUCCUGGCCAAUGGAGGAGUUGUGUGGAAGCCGUUCCUUGGCUCUUACGACUGGGAGGGGUACAACUCAACGUGCGCCAGGUUGAACCAUCCGCACAUCAUUCCCGGAUUCGCAGAUGCCGGGGCACAUGGAACUAUAUUCCAGGAUGCUCCAAUCGCAUCCCACAUGCUGUCCUACUUGGCGCGAGACCGCGUCAAGGGUCCGAAGAUGAAUGUGGAGCAGGUGGUCAAGGUGAAUUCGCUUGAGGUUGCCAAUCUCUUCGGCUUAAAAGAUCGUGGGGUCCUGGAGGUGGGCAAGAAGGCGGACAUUAAUGUGAUCGACUUCGAGAGGCUGAGUCUGGGCCAGCCAUAUGUUGCCAGAGACAUGCCUUUGGGACAGGACCGCUGGUUGCAAGAUGUGGAAGGCUACUGCCUCACAUUGCUUGCUGGACAGCCAACCGUGAAGCACGGCCGCUGCACCGGAGCCCUGCCCGGGCGGCUCGUGCGAAACCCACGGCGCAAUGCUGCAGCUUACCAAGGAGUGGCCUGGAAGGUGUCUGGGCAGUUCCAUGGCGGCUUGCCGAAGCAGGAACCGGCCGCGGCUAAAGCAUCUGAUGCCAAGGGUGGAGAAGCACGUUGGAGGAGCGCAGCCGGCUCUGAUGGCCCUCAACUCCUACAGAAGCUGAGUGUUGAGGCUGGGGCCCGCGACGCCCCAAUGGUGUCGGAGCUGGCGGCGCGCAUCUUGGCCCAGGGCACCAAGUUGGGCGACCUCGUCCCGCUCGAAGCCGUCUCAGGCAUGGAACGCACCCUCUGCCUGGCCUUGCUGGGCGUUCUAAAGGAACCUGGCGUGCCUGCAGACGUGGCCGAGGCGGCCCUUGCGUCUGACGUGGGCUGCAGGUUGGCAGAGCAGGCAGAGUCCCCGGCAGACGGGGAGGCGAAGCGCAAAGUGGUUGCGCCCGAUUCGAAGAGCUCGGUGAGCAAAGAUGCGAACCUCCCAGUGUACGUCUGCGAGGUGGCGUACCGAACCACCAAUGACUACAGUGAUCGCUUUGAUCCAGACACGUUGUCAGUGGGAAGCCUUUUGCGCAUGUUCAUGGACACGAGGGAGUACCUGGAUGAUGCUGGGUGGUCCGAGCAAGAUGGGACCUUUGUCCCGCGAGACUCGGUGAGGCUCGACGCGGACCCAGACCAGCAGAGCCUGGUGAGUGUCUCAAGGUACUUCUCGCGGACAUCCAAGUUAGAUGCCUGUGGCGGUGUUCGGGACGUUAUGCACGUGGAAGCCGUCCUUCCCGGCGUGGAAGCCAUGUAUGUCAUGGAGGCGCUUACGAACCCGGAUUACCGGCACUGGAACCCAUCACUCCACGAGGUGACCUUCCGGCGACAUCGGCGGGUUCCCCUCGAAGCCAGCCUCAAGAGCUACUUCUCUCCACAGGAGAUGCAGGUGAAGGGGGGCUAUCGCAGCUUGGCCCGGGACAUGCGGGACUCCAUUGAUGUCGCAGCACAGGUGGCCGAGAUGCCUCUUCCACGAAUCAUACAGAGAGCGGUGGGGCGACGUUUCACUUCGGACUUCAUCGCCGCCCGCUUCGACUGCAAGGCGAGCCGCGGCUUCUCGCUGGCCACCUCGAUUGGCGCCGAGGCCAUAGCCGAGACCGCUGGUGUGAACAAGCCGCAGAAUGUGUGCCUGACAGCGUUAAUGCUCGCUCCCGACGAUACAAAUGGCACACGCGUGCACAUGGUCUCCCACUUUGAUCCCCAGGAGACGAAGAUCAUUCCUUUCCUCUUCGAUGCGUUUUCGCAGGAGAAGAGCGUGGAACAGUGUCCACAGGAGCCUCUCCUGGCACCUGCAGGCAUGUCGAGGUUCGAAGCCGCCGCAAAAAAGGCCGCCGGAGCCGCUGGGGCGGCACCCAAGCCGGCAGCUGCCAAGGCCAAAGCGCCUUCUGUGGUGGCGAAGUCGAAGGCCGCGCCCGCGCCGAAGCUGACCACCCUUGAGGACAAGAAGAAGUUUAUAAAGAUGUGGGACCACAAAAUCGACGACAAAGAGUGCGAGGUGGAAGCUGAGGCAAACAAGAAAGCAAAGAAGGACCUGGAAACUGCGCUGAAGAAGCUGCAGACCGAUGAGCUCUACCUCAAAGUGAAAGAGGAGAUAAAGGAGCAUGAGAUGCAAGCAAAGCGCGAGGCCGAGCGUACGGCGCUGUCGGCAAAGACGGACGCCAAGGCGCAGGCGGCUGCUCCCAAGUCGGACAAGCCCACCGCAGCCAGUGCAGAGGCAGUGGAAGCCUCGGAAGGUGCAAUGAGCGAUCUUGAUGUGGCGCUCGCCAGCAGUGGCAAGGACGCUGCUGGAGCGAAGGCGCAAGCUCUCGCAACGCUCGAGAAGCUGGCGCAAGCCACUCCCUUCGUGCUCCCGAAGCUACCAGCGCUGGUAGAUCUAUUCGCGGACAGCAAGCUCGGCCCUCCAGCCGUUAAGGCUGCCGUGGCCAUCGUUUCCAACAUCCAGCCGAAGGGCCAUGGAGUUGCCAGUGAGGUAAUGCCAGUGCUGCUGAAUGGCAUGCAGGACAAACGAUGGAAAACCAAAGCUGGUUGCAUCGACGUGCUGCUACCAUGCCUGCUGCAGAUGUUUGAUGCGACCCCUGGGCAGCUGGCUGAGUGCCUGCCGCAGAUUCUCACUCGCUUGGCGGAGGCUGCCCUGGAGGUUAGAGCCGAAAUCCGCACUGCCACAGGGGCAGUGCUGCGCGAGAUCGGCAAGCUAGUCGCAAGCCCUGAGAUCAAGAAGCUGUCUCAGGAUCUGGUCACCGCCUUGGCGGAACCAACGAAUCAAAAGCACACCCAGGAUGUGCUUGCGAGGAUGGGCAAUCAGACGUUUAUGUCUCUGAUUGAUGCCGCAUCCCUCUCUCUUCUGAUGCCCAUCGUCGUACGGGGGCUCAGGGAACGAGAGCCUGCCAGUAAGAAGUGGUCUGCGCAGAUCUUCGGAUCGACAUCGCAGCUGGUCCAGAAUGUCGAUUUCAUGAAGCCGUAUUUGCCAAUGGUCGCGCCCAUGUUGGAGCAGGCCCUGUUCGACCCCGUUUCCGAGGUCAAGCGUGAAGCGGCCAAGACCUUCGGAGUCAUGGAGCAGGUUUUGCCUCAAUACUCGCAGCAGAAGUUGCAGCCUUGGCUCUUCGGAAAGUUGCGGGCAGGCAUGGUGACAGCUGGUGGCUGCCGCUGGUGUUGCUGGCAGCCAGCGGCUGAGUGGUGGGGAGCUGGGAGCGGGGUCUGCACCGUGAAUUCCAUCACUGGCGGAGUGCUGACGUGGUCCGUCGGCAUAAUGCAGAUGCUGCUCUUCAACAUCAUUGUGAUGUCUCGGCGGAAGACGUUCUUCAUCGCCCCGCUCAUGCUGAGUAUUGGGUCUCUUUUGGCUGGCUACUUCUAUGUGGAGAUCAUGAAGACAGAAGGCCAACGGGGACUCCUCGCCAAGGCUGGCGUGGAGGACUCACAGUGGCUCGCGAAGGCGCGCGAGUUGGCCAAAGACUGGGGUGUUCUUGGCCUGGUGGCCCUUCAGGUAGUGCCAAUUCCUAUUCCUACCGCAGUCAUCGUGAUUGCGGGGGUUCUCGCCGAGAUGGACGCAUUCAAGAUCCUGGCCACGGUGUUCAUCAGCAAGUUCAUCCAGCUGACGCUUGGAGCAGUCGCCCUGAAGUACGCAAUGGAGCACCAGACCCCCGAAGAGUACAUCCGCCAGCAAAUGGCUGGAAACACGGGCGAGGAAGCAAAGAAGGAUCAGUAG